AUGCCUCUGAAAUCCCCCUUUGAGUCGUCAAUUGCCAAACCCGGCCAGGGCAAAGUCGUCCUCUCUCUCCUCUCACCCUCACUACCGACCCUGACGACCCUAACGUACAAGUAUCCCCUUAAACUUGUCAGUCGCUCUCCAGCGUUUCUUCCAGAGUUAUCUGUUCUACGAGACGCCUCGCGACCGGUCCAUUUACACCUCCUCAGCUACGGUGGAGGUCUGUUACCAGGGGACGUUAUUGAUGUCUCUAUCAAACUGGAGCCAAGGACGAGAUUGGUCGUGACGACUCCACAGGGGAGUACGAAGAUCUAUAAAACAAAGCAUACCAGUGCCGGUGGAGGCAAUUCGGUCCCGGAUAAGAGCAAGCAGAUUCUGCACGUACAAAUUGAAAGUGAAGCAGCGCUGUGCUAUCUUCCUGAUCCAUCGGCGCCGUUUCGGGAUAGUCGGUAUGAACAGAUUCAGACAUUCACCAUAAACAGGGGUUGCCGAACGCCGAAGGACAGUAAGAAACACGGUGAGAUAACAGACUGUGAGCAACGAAGCAGCCUCUGCGUCCUCGACUGGGUAACGCAAGGGCGAAGUUCUCUAGGCGAAAACUGGGACUUUCAUCUCUGGCGAGGAAAGAAUGAGGUCUGGACUACCGAUGAUACUGGGAAAAGGAAACUUUUACUUAGAGACUCGCUCAUCCUCGAUGACGAGUCUGGCACGUCUGAAAGUGGAGAACGAGGACGAAGGCAAACGUCACUCAUUCGCGAUCGAAUCCACCCUCAUGGCAUUGUGGGGACCCUAAUCCUUUACGGACCGGUAUUUGACAAUCUCUGCUCCUUCAUCAUGAACAGGUUCACGACACAGCCCCGGAUCGGGGCUCGGAAUUGGUCUUCCACCGUCUCGCCAGCCGCUUCGUGUGGUAAUAGCAACGCAGAGGAUAUAACCUGGACGGCAGCCCGCGUGAGGGGAGGCUUUGUCAUCAUGAAAUUCGGGGCGAAGGAUUUUGAAGCAGCGAGAAAGUGGCUCGGGGCUCUAUUCAGGGAGGAAGGGAGCGUGGCUCGGGAAUUUGGAGAGGAGGCUUUGCUGUGUUUGUGA